AUGAUGACCUCGUCGGAAACUUCGGAAAUGGAGAACCCAGGAGAAGAAAAGGGCGCCGAGGACUCGGCGAUCUUGGAGGUGAGCUCAAUGGCAGUGGGCGGGAUUGUGAAGCAAGAGAGUCGCGACGUCGACUACCUGUCCAACUGCAGCACCUCCAUCGAGGGAUCCGUGGUUGCGUCUCCUUCUAUCGAUAGCUUCUCUACUCUGCCGGAUCAAGAAAUAUCGGACUUUCAGACAGACUCGCGAGAUUUGCAAGUGAAAGUAGACAAUCCGCAGAAACAUCUGGAAACUCUGGAGACAUACAUCACAUUCCGUAUAACGACUAGAGUACGGAUUUAUUAUUACAAAAUAUGA